GGCGAGGCGGCGCCGGCGCACUGUGUCCGCUGUGCUGAGCCGCAGCCAUGGAGCAGGCAGCUCCCGACCCUGAGCGGCUUUUGCAGCCCGCGCCGCUGGAGCCGCUGAGCCACCCCGACGCGGGGCUGGAGUCCGUGGUCGGUGAGGAAGCGAAGGGGGCCCGGGACGAGAGCCCCGGGGACGGCACGAUGACAGAAAGUAAUUUUUCGUUGAAGAAGAUAGAAAUUAGUGUUUCAGAAGCAGAAAAGCGAACCGGAAGAAAUGCCAUGAACAUGCAGGAAACAUAUACUGCUUACCUCAUUGAAACAAGGUCAGUUGAACAUAGUGAUGGUCAGAGUGUCCUAACAGACUCACUGUGGAGGCGGUAUAGUGAAUUUGAGUUGUUGAGAAACUACCUUUUAGUUUACUAUCCACAUAUUGUUGUGCCACCUCUACCAGAAAAAAGGGCAGAAUUUGUUUGGCAUAAACUCUCUGCUGACAACAUGGACCCGGAUUUUGUGGAAAGACGACGAAUUGGUUUAGAAAACUUCCUCUUGAGAGUUGCUUCACAUCCCAUCCUUUGUAGAGACAAAAUCUUCUAUUUGUUUUUAACACAGGAAGGCAACUGGAAAGAGACAGUAAAUGAAACUGGAUUUCAGCUGAAGGCAGACUCCAGGUUAAAAGCGCUUAAUGCAACAUUCAGAGUGAAAAACCCAGACAAGAGAUUUAUUGAACUAAAACACUAUAGUGAUGAACUCCAAUCUGUCAUCUCACAUCUCCUUCGAGUCAGAGCUAGAGUAGCAGAUCGACUAUAUGGUGUGUAUAAAGUACAUGGGAAUUACGGGCGAGUUUUCAGUGAGUGGAGUGCCAUAGAGAAAGAAAUGGGUGAUGGACUGCAGAGUGCUGGUCAUCACAUGGAUGUAUAUGCAUCUUCUAUUGAUGAUAUUUUGGAAGAUGAAGAACAUUAUGCAGAUCAGUUAAAGGAGUAUCUUUUUUAUGCAGAAGCAUUGCGGGCUGUGUGCAGGAAACAUGAACUUAUGCAGUAUGACUUAGAGAUGGCUGCUCAGGACCUAGCAUCCAAGAAGCAGCAGUGUGAGGAACUGGCAACUGGGACUGUGAGAACAUUUUCUUUGAAGGGAAUGACUACCAAGCUGUUCGGUCAAGAAACUCCAGAGCAGAGAGAAGCCAGAAUAAAGAUGCUAGAAGAACAAAUAAAGGAAGGAGAACAACAACUUAAGUCUAAAAAUCUGGAAGGCAGAGAGUUUGUCAGAAAUGCUUGGGCUGAUAUUGAACGCUUCAAAGAACAAAAGAACCAUGAUUUAAAGGAGGCCCUCAUAAGCUACGCAGUCAUGCAGAUCAGUAUGUGCAAAAAGGGAAUUCAAGUUUGGACCAAUGCUAAGGAAUGCUUUAGCAAGAUGUAAUCCUGUGAAAUGAAUUUCUCUUCAAUCAAAGUACCCCAAAACAGAAGCACAAGUAAAUAAAAAGAUUUGUUACCCUGCAUACACAAAAAUAUAUAGUAAGUUGAGUAAGUUCAACUUUCGUUAAUUUGAUUAUAUUAAUAUAGCACAAAAGGAUGUAUUUUAAUGAAGAUUAAAUAUUAUAAUUUGAGGUUUUGGGGACUGGUGCUGAUUGUAAAAUGUUAAUUAGAUAAAAUAUACCAACAGAUUGUCGCUUCUGAACCAGUGUCUGAAUAUCAAGAUGUUAGGUCAUUUCUAGAAGUUCGUUUCAGUGCCCACUGUUUCAUAUCUGCUUAUGUAGGGAGUCUUUCCCUAAGACUGAAUUCUUAUCUUUAUUUGGUAAGGCCCACUAAUCUAUCACAGGGUUAAUUUUUCUUGCCUUACAGUUGAGCUGUUUGGUUUGACAAAGCUCAGCUGAAAUUUAGUGUGAAAUCUAAGAAUUUCUCCUACAUUCAUUAAUGCCCCCAAACAUUACAUACACUGGACAAAUGCCUUCAGUGUGUGUUUUACCAGAAUUUUGAUACGGUCAAAAUUUUAUACUGCCAACAAAGAAGACUCAACUUCUCAGUGGAAUACAUUGUUAUAAUCUAGGAAUUGCUAUAUAGAAAGUUUUGAGUAUGUUGCAUAUACAAGCAUUAAAUUCUUAAAUAAUUCUUAACCUCAGUGAUGAGCCUAAAUUUACUCUGCUUGGCUCUCUACACAUGGCAUUUCAGGGUACAAGAUGUAGCAUUUCAAUGUAUAAGAUAUAUGUAGUGAACAUAUGUAUUAUUAUCUUCAUUAUUAUCAUCCUUUUUUAUUGCUUGGCUAUAAUUUUUAUAAAGAUAAAUUAUAUUGUGCUUUUGUGUAUGUGUUUUUGUGGUAUAUGUUCAGAAGCCAAGCACCCUUGGAAUUUGCCAGCUUUGCAGAACUCUACAUGUGUACUCAUUAUUACUAAUUAUGUAAAAAAAUUUUUCAGUACUGUUCAACAUUUGACUUUUUUACAUGUUUGAAAUGUUGCUGAAUUUUUGUGCUGUUUGCCAGACUUAUACAGUAAAUAAAUGAAAUACUGUGUUGAUUUUCA